AUGUCGACAUCUGCGAGCACUUUCAGGAGCAAGAUCGGCAAUGCGUAUCCGAAGUCAGAGAUCGAAGAUCAACAGCCUCAGCUGAAAGCGGAGCUGGCUGCCAUGAAGAAGAUGGGACGCAACCGACAGUGCUUUGACUGUGGCGUAGCAGAUGUCAGCUGGGCCUCGCCGAAACUGGGUACAUUCAUCUGUGUCACUUGCUCCGAUGUGCAUCGGGCCGCCGGUGCUCACAUCACCUGCGUCAAGAACUUCAGCACCUACCUCUGGUCUCCGGACGAGGUAGAGCUGAUGCGCGCCGUUGGCAACACUCGUGCGAAGGAAAUCUUCCGGCCGGGGACCGACCUCUCCUGGCAGCCUGGCGAGUCCAAGGAGCAGAAGGUGCGGCAUUGCACGAAGCUUUACGGAACAGAGAAAGCACAGCUUGCGGUCAAGCGUCACAUCGAGGCAGCCACGGCAGCAGCGGGCCCAGGCCGGAAGGCUGAACAGGUAGCUUCGCAAGGCUACAACCAGAGCCUUCCGAGCCAGCCUGCCACACCUUCCCAGAGCGUCUGCACGCCAGCUCCUGCAGCUCCUGACUUGCUGGGAGACUGGCCCACGACAGAGCCCGAAGCUGUAGCACCGAGCCACGUCUCUUCAUGGCCCGCAACGUCUGGGAUGGGUACGUCCGUGGGACCGUGGCCGUGCCCAUCGUCUGCGCCAGAAGCCAUCACCGCACAGCACGACUUGAUAGACCUUUUCCCGUCGUCUACUAUGGAUAGUGCUUGGCACGGAGACUGCGGCGCGCCAGCUUCUUCUCAGAGCUGCGGGAAGGCAGCCACAGUCUCUUCGCAUGAGAAGGAUUUCUGGUCCAGUGUGAACUGGGACGAGCUGCUCAAAUGA